AUGGUGGGGAAGCGAUUCCGAAUUGAUAGGAAACUUCAACCCAAGAAGUGCGCCAAGAGAUGCUACGUUGUUGUUGAUAAUGAUCGGAUAAGUCGAUUGCCGGACGAUAUUCUCGUCACGAUCCUAUCGUUUCUACCGGUCAAACAAGCUGCACGCACUAGCGUUCUUUCGUCUCGUUGGAUAAACUUGUGGAAGCACAUCUCGCGCCUCGAUUUCGAUGCAGAAAGCGCAUUGGUCAAGAUUGCAAUAGACUACAACCUACACAGUGAAGAGAGUUGCAAGUACGUAGAGUGGGUGAAUCGCGUGAUCCAAUCGCACAAAGCGGAAACCUUGAAAGAAUUCAGAGUAUGCUUCGAUUUAAGCCCAUCUGCCGAGAAUGCAAUCACGCAGUGGCUUGAAUUCGCGCUUCUGAGGCAUGUUGAGAAGUUGGAUUUGGAUGUUUCAGCCGGAUCUUUAAGAGUAUACACCCGGGAUUAUGCUUUCCCGGAGAAGUUCCUGAAACCCCGUUCACAAAGUUCUUCGUGUAUCGACUUUAAGUCCCUCAAAGCUUUGUCUUUGAAGUGUGUUAAAUUGAGCGGCGAAGCGAUCGAGUUCUUUCUGCGCAACUGCCCUUUCCUAGAAAAACUUGUUCUUCGUAACGUAAAUGGGAUAUCAAAUCUCGAAGUUUGUGGUCCGUCCCUUGCUUUAAAACACUUGGAGAUAUGGUUUUGCGCCAAAUUGAAAUCCGUUAGGGUUUCUGGCCCGAAUCUUACUUCAUUUUAUAGUUCGCAUGUUGAAGUUCUCUUGCUCGAGAAUGUUCCGAUGCUUGUCGAGUUACAUGUUAAUUGUAUGCCUUAUUCUGUCUCUAUUCAAAGAUUACUUUCUCCUGCACUUUCAUCCGUCGUUUCCCGACUGGAAAUUCUUAGCUUGGACAUAUACGCGUACAUAAAGGAAAUUAAUCUACCCACGUUUCCUGAACUGCCUAAGCUGAAGAAGUUGGUCAUACAAUAUUGGGCAACAGAAGACAAAAGUCUUAUGGGACUGACCCCAUUGAUAAGGGCACCUCCCUACUUGGAGGAAUUUGUAUUAAAGUUAAUGUCGUCUUAUCCCCGAAAAUCGAGAACCCCGAAACCUCAGAGGUUAGAUAGGAAAGGGAAAGUAAAAAAGAAUAUAAAGUUUCCCCCUAAAGUGGUCAAGUUUUGUGGCUAUUACGGUCACGCGGGUGAUGUUGAAUUCGUCGAAUACAUUUUAGAGAAUUGUGUGGCGCUUGAGAAAUUAAUUAUUGGUCCACGUUCACAUUCUCCAUUAUCAUUUCACGGUAGACGGCCUGAGCAAACAGUCCUGGAACAAGCUGCAAGGGAUUUUGCCAAGCAUCUUAAAUCAAGAGUACCUCAACACAUUGAAUUCGUCAUUCUUUAACUUAUUAAUAAUAUGUAUGCAUCAGUAUAAUAAUUAUCCGAGUCCGUUUUUAUCGAACGCUUCUUGAAUGAGUGAUCUUAGCUUUGGGAAUCUGAUAUAUAGGGAUGGGGCAUGGCUCGGGUUGGUCAAUUAUCGGUCAAUUACCUAUCUUAUCCGACCACCCAAUCUUGUUGAAUAUUGAAAUUCAUUAUAUGCCCGACUAAUUAAUAUAAUGGUUG